AUGAUGCAACUCCGUGUAAAAAGUGCAAUGUUUCUGGAACCCAGUCAACAACAGUGGACUGAACUAUCCCCUCUACCUGAAUUUGUUUACAGCCAUUCCGUAGCAGUUCUAAAUGGUUAUCUUUUUGUCGCGGGUGGAAGCAAUCAUGAUGUACAUCAUCCAGUGAAUCAACAAAUAUCACGACGUGUUCAUCGCUACGAUACAAGAUCUGCUAAAUGGGUCAUGUCUAAACCAAUGCUGGAGAAGAGGGCUUUCUUUACUUUAAGCGCUUUAGGAGAUAAACUGUACGCUGUGGGUGGCCUGAAUCAUUCAAGUCCUGUUUAUGACAGAAUUUCGAUUGAAGAAAUUGCCGAGAGUAACAUCAAACCACAAACGAUUCUGGCCAGCCCCACAGCGGAAUGCUACGACCCAAAGUCUGAUAAAUGGGAAUUGGUUGAGAAACUGUCAGAGCCGUCAAUGCUUCAUUCAAGCAUUGUUCAUGAUGGCAAGCUGUACAUGAGUGGAGGUUGCUCUUCAUUUGAUUUACAAAAAGUGGAGGGCGAUGUUGCUGUUCUCAUGACCGUGAUGAACUCUGAUUUUUGCCGCGAGUUCUCAGACUCGCUUAGCUGCUAUGAUCCAAACAUUGGUGUCUGGGAGAAAAGGGAACCCAUGACAACAAAACGAGCUGGACAUAAAAUGUAA